AUGAGGUGGAACACGCGGAUUGAGAUGCGGCGGCAGGCUCGGAUCUCAGUUGGAGACGCGCUUGUUGUGCGUUCCGCUUCAGCUCUACAAGUAUGGCUAUGGUUGCUGAUCUUUGUAUUCCAGAACGAAUUUAGAAUAUCAAGGUCCAUUCAACCAGGCUACUUGGACUUCGACAAUCUGCCAGAAACAAACUUCACUUGUGCUGGCAAAGUAAUCGGAGGAUAUUACGCUGACUUGGAGACAUCAUGCCAAAUGUUCCACGUGUGCACGGUCGGUCAGCAAGACGAACCUAUGGAUAUCAAGUUCCUUUGUCUUAACGGCACUGUUUUUGAUCAGGAGACAAGAGUUUGUGAAAGAGUAGACGAAGUUGAUUGCACGAAAUCUGAGAAAUUUUACAGCUUAAAUUUAGAAUUGUAUGGCAGCACGACGCCUCCCAUUAUAGAAUCAGAUAAAAUUACCAUUAAACCUCAAAGUACUGAACAAUCACAACAGACUACGAAAACCAGUACGGAGGAUCCUUCUGUAUAUGAUACACCCACGACAACAAAUGAUAAGUUACAAGGUCUAUCUCCAGAUGCAAUCGAUUCAACAGAGGACCCAAUACAAGAAAUAAAGAAAGACGAUCCCAAAAUUUCUCACAGUUUGUCUACACAGUCAAUACCCAUAAAGGAAGUUGGGGGUUUUCAUGAUGAAUAUCAGUAUGAGGAUGAAUACGAAGAAGACUAUUCACAACCGUUAAAAACAUCAACUUUUCAAUCUGUAAUUACAACAACGUCAACGACAACGAAGAAAGCACCCUCUACCAGCACUUUAACGACAACUUCAACCACCCAAUCAUCAACUUCUUCCCAAUUAACUUCCACUUCACCCACAGUAUCUUCACUUGCCCCCAAUAUAGAUACCUCGUCUCCUCUACCCGCUCUCCCUUUGACUACUAUUGAUCCAUCGCUAUUAUCGCCUCAAGAAUUUAUUUAUAGACAUCGUGGACCAGGAUCAGAAGCCAUCUCUUUCCAACGUCAAAGUUUUCGUCCCGCCGACGGAGUUUUUAUCACGCAUGCACCACCACAACAAUUUGAUCACUUUCAGUAUGAAUCGUCAAGAACAGCGCCGCGACCUGUAUCUCGUCCAACUCCAUUUGUGCAAAGGCCACAACCAUUUCGUGCCACUACUCUUGACCCACGAGACCAAAUUCUGCGUCCAGGACCUUCUUCUCAGCCUUCUGAGAGGCACGAAACUUCUGUGAAACAUCGUCCACAAACUUAUCCUUCAGCAUUACCUCCUCAACAUACUCUACCAUUUAAUCCAUUUUAUUACGAUCGAAAACGAAGCGACGAAUUUACAUCUGAAAAAGAAACACCACCCAUCGCUCGAUCUGUAGCACCGCCCACCGUAACAGAACGACCUCCUAUUAAACUGAAAAGUCCUCCACGAGUUAUCGUUACCGCCAGUGCUUCGGUUAGUGAUAGCAAUGGCAAAAAAUUGAACUAUACAGUCGGUAACGUAGUCAGUGCAGUAAAACCGAUAGUAGCAAUAAAUUACGAUGAUUAUAAAGAAUCAGAUCUUAUUUUCGACCCCUUCUUUCUUGAUGUGCCAAAAUUAAAUAAACGACGGAAAACAAGAUCCAACAAACAUAGAAAAAUAUUUACAAUACCUGCAACCGCGACCGUGCCAACUAAUUUAAUUUCUAAAACUAGUUUAAAACCAACACUUUCUCCAGUCACUUCAAGAGCAACAACAACCACGAUUUCAUCUACUCCACCUACUACAACAACUACAACAGCAGCUUGGAAUCCUGAAGAUUAUGUGGAUGACAAUUAUGAACCUCAUGCAUAUUUACCUCCAAUACCUCCGCUUGCCGUUCUAGUAACCCAAGACAGUGUUAAAUUUACAAAGCUUAAAAAACAGUCGACUAACGAAUUAAACAACGAAGAAGAAUCUAGAACAGAAAUGUCAUCGUCAAAUUUUGGCCCGAAGGAACAGUCCUGGCCCACGCCAUCUGCAAAGCAGAUAAUCUCUAGUCAAAGUGCGGGUAUGGAAGCGGUGGUAUCUAUCACUGGUGUUACUACACCAUCGCUCAUCAAAGCGCCCGCCUGCGCCUCAUCGCGCUCCACUGACUGUCGAAAUCGUGCCUAA